AUGGUUGAAAGAUGCGCGAAAUGUGGUCAAGAGAUUACCGGACAGGUGGUGAUUGCCUUGGGCCAAAAGUGGCACCAGAGGUGCUUCGUGUGUCAAGGCUGUCACACAACACUUCAGGGAAAGCAGUUCGUCAACAAAGACGGUGAAGUCUACUGCAUUGAUUGUCGGAAGCAGAAAUUCGACCCCAGGUGUCAUAAAUGUCACCUGAAGAUUGACCCUACCGUGAGGUAUCCUAUCGACGGCGACAGGAGCUUCCACAGAGAGUGCUUUGUCUGCUCCAAGUGUGGCACCUCACUAGACGGCAGACGAUUCUGCAUGAAGGACGACCAAUACGUCUGCACCAAUCACUAA